AUGGUCCUCACUUUCCUCCCCGCGGUAAACAAGAAGCAGACUGUCCUCUUUGCUCCUGUCUAUUUCUGUCUGUCUGUCUGUCGGAGGAACCUGUCCCAAGCCUCCGGACUUGGCUCAUCCGAGUGAGAAGAUGCGGGCGGCGGGGUUCCGGCUGGCCGCAGUGCUGGCUCUGUUUGCCGCAGUGUGCGGGACGCAGGCGGAGGUGAUCGAUGACAUCCUGAGCAGCCUCUCCCACGGAGUGUCCUUCCUGGAGCGGCAACACGAGCACAUCAACCUGGACGGGGUGGUCGGGUUUGUCAUGCUGCAGGCUGAACUGAAGGAGGCAGUUCGGACGUGGCCUCACACUGACCCGGUCAGCUGGGCUCAGAGAACAACCACCGUUGCUCUGGUCAAACGGCUCGACCAACACCUCGACAAGGCCGUCGCUGCCCUGAAGCAGAACGACCCCAAAUACUACAGAGAGUUUGAGCCCCUGCUGUCGUGGACUUUCUGGCUUAUUCCACAGGAGUGGUGUUCCACAGAUUCCAGUCUGGUUUAUUCCUCCACCAUGACCACUGAGUGUUACGACGAGCAGCUCAGUGACAAAUGUUUGACACUGCUGCUGGGAACCUGGAAGAUGAAUGGGACGCCCUGCAUCGUCACAAAGCCCUGUCGAGAUACCAUGACUCGUUUUGGUUGUCCACACUAUUCUCUGUCCCACCAGCUGCUCUAUUUCAUGAUUGGAAAAAUGAGAGGCUGCACUAACCUGUUGAAGGGCGACACGCGGGAGUCCAGAGCCAACAUGACAGAACAAAACUACCAAAAGAUCUUCUGCUCCAACAUGAUGAAGACCAACCAGGACAUCAUCAAGGAUGGUUUAACCGAACAGACAGUUGACAUCUUCAUUGAAAACAUCCUGAUCUGUGGAUUGGCUGGUUUCUCGGACUUCCAUAAAGCUGAUUGGCUGCAGCAUAUUCUCAGGCUGCAGGAUGAGGAAGUGGGCUGUUUUGGAAGAGACAAGAGCAUCAUCUCUCAAAUCAUUGGAGAUGAGCUGCUGGAACAGCUGCAGCCUCACAGGAGGGUGAAGAGGAGGGAGAAGAUACUUCCAGAUGGCUGCUCCAGCCACAUGACAGCAGUGGCUGUUGGUGCUCUGGGAGGAUACCUCAACUACUACCUGGCAGAACAGGACAUAACGAAGAGGCCGCUCUCCUGAGCCAGAAACCCACCUUCCUAACCCCUAACGGGGUAGUUCUCACAACCAAAACAAUGUAGAUCAUCAGGUAGAAAUGUUGUUCAAAGAUGGAAAAAUGAAAACUUUAGAAGAUUUAUAAAAGAUUUAUACUUACAUUUUUUUUUUCAUACUCGAUUUUGAGAGUAAAACAAUGUUAGAAAAGCAUUUCCAGUUAAGUAUAAAUAAUAAAUUCCACUCUGAGGGACUUUUGAAAGUAGACAUACUCAAUUCGUAAGUAAUGAAAUACAAUUAGGUCAUUUGAUUUUCCUGUUUUCCCCCAAAUAGAGUUGUCUUCAGCCUGUUAAAGUAACCAGCGAGUCAGUGAUCUUAGAAGCUUAUGCAUUUAAUUAAGAUCUUGCUUUUCUAAAUGGAAUUAUGGUUUUGUAGGAAGAUUUCUAUUAGGUUUUAUUAGUUUUAUAUAUCAAGAAAUAGCAUAGAGGUUAAAAUAUCUGUAAUAUACUCAAUGUGUCAGAAUGUCUCCUGGUAAGGCAAACAGCAUAUAUAUUCAGGGAAAUGAAGGCCAAACGUGAAAUCUGCUUCUUGGAAUAAACAUUUUAUUUUAUUUUA